CCUCCCUUGCCUUGUCGAGCACAAGAAGCUGUCACAAGCGGAGUCGCAAGAAGAAUCGAAAACCUCAAAUCCACGACGUCGUUUAAUCUCCGUCUAUGAUUCGGACAGCCUACGAACAACAAUGAAUCUUUCACCUUCUCCUUUUCGGACUCGCAUUGCCUGGUUUUAUUUAAUUUCAUAGCGGUUCGUGUUUUCUUCGUUUCUGUGUAAGACAACAGUAUUUAUUUUUCUUGUUAAAAGAACGAGAGAGAGGGGGAGAAGCAGAGGGACGGAGACAGAAUGUAUGUCAUCAUGGAAGGCGAGGAAGGCGAGGGAGGUUUGGUGCCGCCUGGGAACUUCUCGAUGGUGGAAGACGGCAUUUACAGAUCUGGAUUCCCUCAACCUGCCAAUUUCGGUUUUAUUGAAACCCUAAAUCUUCGCUCCAUUAUAUACUUGUGUCCUGAACCCUAUCCAGAAGAGAACUUUGAGUUCCUUCGAUCUCAAAAUAUUCAGCUGUUCCAGUUUGGAAUGGAGGGGAAGACGGAGCCUCCUGUAUCGAUACCCAAAGAUCCUAUCAUGAAGGCACUGAAAGUCCUAACUGAUGUGAGAAACCAUCCUAUUCUCAUUCAUUGCAAAAGAGGGAAGCAUCGAACUGGUUGUCUGGUUGGUUGCUUCAGGAAAUUGCAAAAUUGGUGCUUGUCUUCUGUGUUUGAGGAAUACCAACGUUUCGCUGGAAAAAAAUCCAGGACCACAGAUUUGCAAUUCAUGGAAACAUUUGAUGUAUUGAGCCUCAGGCAAUGCCUAUACAGCCUUAUUUACCAAUAUCAAGGAUAUGGUUCGAAGAAGAGGCGAUUGCUUUACAUGGAAGAGAAUGCACAGAAGCCCCAAAUAUCUUCCAUGUAGUAGGGUCUUGGAUGAAACACAACUGGAUACGAUUAUCACACCCAUUUCCUUUGAUGGAUACAAUUUUUAAUCAAUUUCAUCUCAAGAAUUAUACAGCUCUCCGUUUUUUUUUCUUUUUCCAGAAUAAAAUAUUUCCCAUUCCAAUCCAUUUUUUGCAGUUGUUUGGAAUUUGUAUGUAAGAGUAGUACCUUAAUGCCUAGUUGACCUUUUUCUUAUUUGUUCUACUUUUCGCAAAAUGUACACAAUAAAAGGCUCAGGGAAGCUCAACCCCUUCUCUAGACAGUCGAGGGAAUUUCUUGA